CGCGGAGCGGCCACCCCAGGAUGGAGGCUAGGCAGAGGUGCCCGGGGAUGCUGCUUCUCCCGGGCUGUGGGAGAGAAACGCGGAGCAGUGGGCUCCGGACCGCAAGCCGUCAUGAGGCGUAGGGCAUCAGGGUUGGGCUUCAGGAGCUUGGGCACCAGCCUCGCAUUUCUGAACUCCUCCCUCUACCAUAAAACUGGCCGGUGUGACUGACCGUGGCCAAGCUGUUUGAUAACUCCACUUGACACUUUAAAACGGAAGUAUGGAUUAGCCACCUCAGAGGCUUCAACCAAAUGAAUCUCACAGAGAUCAUUCAAUAUCUGCUCUCUAUUCUUAAGCCUUAGCCUGCCUACUCCUUCAGCCUGCUGCUGGGUAUAAACGCCUGUCUGUGCUUCCUGUUUCUUUUACACAAACACUUCAGAAUUUACAGAGGGCACCAGGAAUCUCUCAAAAGUCCCAGUAUGAGCCGGGCGUGGUGGCGCAUGCCUUUAAUUCCAACACUCAGGAAGCAGGGGCAGGUGGAUCUCUGAGUUCGAGGCCAGCCUGUUCUGCAGAGCGAGUUCCAGGACAGCCAGGGCUACACAGAGGAACCCUGUCUCGAAAAAGCAAACAAACAAACAAACAGUUCCAGUAUGUUCUGAGGGCACAGACAUAGGAGAGGCCCAGUGGCCAGUGGAAGGAGACAAGGAGGAGAAUAAAAAGGCAAGGAGAGAAGAGAGGACAGAAGACGGAGCUGAGCCCGUGACAAUGGUUGAUAAGCUCUGGGCAACAGCCCACACAGUGAGGCAGAGCCUGGACAGCCACUGUAUAUAUACGAUGGAACGCAGUUCCAAGUUCAGCACCUGACUUGCUACACAGCCCCACACUCGGAAGCAGAAAUCCAGCUUCAGUCCUGGAAGUGCUCAAUUCUAGCCUGUGGUCUCAGCUCUGAUCUCCAGCUCCUACAUGACCACCACGACCACCACCACCAUCACAAAGCCUCUUUCUGGGGGGCUAGAGAAUGAGGGGGAGAAAUUAGAAAAGAUUUUCCAACAAUGGGGAGAAGACAUCCGUCCUGAAAUGAAAGAAGACAUACAUGACCCCAGCUACCAGGAUGAGGAGGGGCCCCCGCCCAAGCUGGAAUACGUCUGGAGAAACAUCAUCCUCAUGGCCCUGCUGCACUUGGGGGCACUGUAUGGGAUCACACUGGUUCCCUCCUGCAAGUUCUACACCUGGAUCUUCGUGUAUGUGUCAUAUCUAGUUACUGGCCUGAGCAUCACAGCCGGGGCUCAUCGCCUGUGGAGCCACCGAACCUAUAAAGCACGGCUGCCCCUGAGGCUCUUCCUCAUCAUUGCCAACACCAUGGCUUUCCAGAAUGAUGUGUAUGAAUGGGCCCGAGAUCACCGCGCCCACCACAAGUUCUCAGAAACAUACGCCGACCCUCACGAUUCCCGGCGUGGCUUUUUCUUCUCUCACGUGGGCUGGCUGCUUGUGCGCAAACACCCGGCUGUCAAAGAGAAGGGUGGAAAACUGGACAUGUCUGACCUCAAAGCUGAGAAGCUGGUCAUGUUCCAGAAGAGGUACUACAAGCCCGGCCUCCUGCUCAUGUGCUUCAUCCUGCCCACACUGGUGCCCUGGUAUUUCUGGGGAGAGACUUUUCAACACAGCUUUUAUGUUGCCGCUUUACUGAGAUAUGCCUUGGUGCUCAAUGCCACCUGGCUGGUGAACAGUGCUGCCCACCUUUAUGGAUAUCGCCCUUAUGACAAGAACAUUGGAGCCAGAGAGAAUAUGCUAACUUCAAUGGGAGCUCUGGGCGAGGGCUUCCACAACUACCACCACACCUUCCCCUACGACUACUCUGCCAGUGAGUACCGCUGGCACAUCAACUUCACCACAUUCUUCAUCGACUGCAUGGCUGCCCUGGGCCUGGCUUAUGACCGGAAGAGAGUGUCCAAGACUGCUGUCUUGGCCAGGAUCAAAAGAACUGGAGAUGGGAGCAGCAAGAGUAGUUGAGUUCCUGUUCCAAAUGUCAUCUGGGCAGAAGUUUAAUGUUCUGCUGAUGACUAUAGAGAAUGCUACAAGGAUGCUAAAGAUGACCUUAACCCACCGGGCAGUGGUGGCGCACGCCUGUAAUCCCAGCACUUAGGAGGCAGAGGCAGGCGGAUCUCUGAGUUCAAGGCUAGCCUGGUCUACAGAGUGAGUUGCAAGAUAGCCAGAGCUGUUACAAAACAACAAAAAACAACAAAAAAACACAACAACAACAAAAAGAUGACCUUUACCUACUCCUGUACAGCACUUUUUUUUUCCCCCUGAGAGAGGGUUUCUCUGGGUAGCCCUGGCUAUCUGGAACACACUCUGUAGAACAGACUGGCCUUGAACUCAGAGAUCACCUGCCUCUGCCUCCCAAGUGCUGGGACUAAAGGUGUGCAGCACACCACCACAGCCCUGCCGUGUACAGCACUCUUAUAAAAUGCUCAGGUAUCAAAAGGCAAUACCCCUCCUUUAUGCUGCUGAGCUGAUACACUUACCUUUUCACCCUGUCCUUUCUCUGUAUCUCCCUCAUCUCUUACACCAGUGGUGUUACUCAGCAGUUCUUUCUUGUCUAGCAUCCUUUGCAUAGUCCAGUAGUCAAGUCUGCCUCAGAAAGCUUUCACUGAAGCGCCCUGUACUUCAGGGUGGGUGGCUUCAUCUGGAGAUGCAAUGAAGUCUGAGUAGGACAUCUUAAUUGUCAUGAGUCUAUGGUCUGCUAGAUGAGAGAGGACAAGAACUUUACUUGUCAGAGUGUGCAAAGCACGCAAAUUGUAAUGGGAAAGGGUUACCAUGCCAGGUAUGAUUCUUCAGCAGGAUUGGUGUUAUGUGAAAUGAGUUAUAAGGAAGUCUUUCUGUGAUCAGACUCAGCUGCUUUUCAAGCAGCGAUGGAACACCCCUCCCAACACACACACAGCACCCUUCCUUUCUGUCCUGAGCCCCAGAGCUUGGCAAUGUCAAAACACAGCCGUAAAUCCAACAUCUAAAUAUUAUUUAGAGUAAAGAUCUAAAACAAGCAUUUAUGUAGUAAGUGGUCUCAGCUGGGAAUGGAGUUGGCUUUUCUGUUAUAACAGGAUCUCUUGUUUCAUAGAACAAGAGGUAUUCAGGUAGGCUGUGUCCAGAAUGGGUGAGUAAGACAAUUCUUAGAGUUUUGAGCAGUCCAUGAGAUGCUGCUCACCCAACUUUCUUCAUUACUCUGCUCUGUCAUCUUUAGGAUGCUAGACUGCCUCUAAAGGUUGUAAGAUGGCUGUGGAUUUAUAAACUCCCUAAGCAAGAAAGGAGCAGGAAGAGCAUUGGGCUGACCAGGACGAGUGGUGACCGAAUUAUCUGAUUGUGAUUCUGAGUUUCUAUCUUUGAAAGACAUUCAUAAGGAGACACGGAGUAGACAGCAGAGGGAAUAUCUGGUCACCUGUUCCUCCCAUUCCAAGGCAGUGAUGGAGAGGUUGAGGGACAGUGUUGGUAGUUUCUCAGAAGUAACUUCCUGGAAGAAGGUUCUACAAGAUACCCAGGGGAUUGUCAGCUUCCUGAGUAGGGACUCUGUUCAACUGAAACAGUUUCAACGCCAGGUCCCUUUAUUAAUCCAAAUUGCUCUUGGAUUGAUCAAAUCUAGGCCUCUGCCUGCAUUGCUAUGCCUCUUCCCCCAUAGUCCUUGCUCUGAACCAUCCCGCCCUGCAGGACUGUCUUGGGGCAGGGUAGGAACCUCUGACUCAGUCACUAUGCCUUCUUGGCUCUACCUUUCUCUCUUCUCCUGCUGCUCUGUUCUCUUCCUGGACUUGUCUCCUCUCCCCAGACAGGAAGCCUCUGGUGUGUACUCAGGACAGCCAGGGUCUGCAUCCCAGCAGCUCCCCUCCUAUAGACACAACGCCAAGGAGCUGUUCCUUGUCUUCAGCAGACAGAGCUGGUUGUCACGUUCCUAGGCCUCCAGACCCUCUCCACGUCCACCUUUGGGGCUUCUAGCACCUUGAUGACCCCAGACAAACUCUUUUCUGCAAAACUGUUCUAGAGAUAUUGCUGGGGGGGGGGGGGGGGUUGGGGAUUUAGCUCAGUGGUAGAGUGCUUGCCUAGCAAGCUCAAGGCCAUGGGUUUGGUCUUCAGCUCUGAAAAGAGAGAGAGAGAGAGAGAGAGAGAGAGAGAGAGAGAGAGAGAGAGAGAGAGAGAGAUUGCUGGCCCAGACAAUUUCUCUCUCAUAAGUCUUGACCAAUCCAAAUGCUGCUGAUGUAGCUCUGAGCCAGCCCUGGAGCAGGCACCUGAAAGGUAGCAAGGACAACCUUGGCUUUGGUAUGGCAUUCUGUUCUCUGCACACCCUUCUCCCUACCUUGGAUGUUCUUUCUUCUUGAAAGACUUGUAGGAUCACAGGGUUGAGGCUAGCCUCAACUACAUUAUGAGACCCUGCAUCAAAAAGAAAACAGAAGGAAGGGUAAGCCAUAGGACGGAAGAAAACAUGUGCAAACCAUGUAUCUCAUAGGGGAUGAGGCCUCAGAGUACAAAAGGAACUCUUAGGCCUCAGCAAUAAAAAGACAAAUAGCUUAGUUCUAAACUAGCAAAAGUGUCGGACCUCACAUUUCCGCAAAGCAGAAACAGAGACAGUCAAUAAUUACACGAAAAGGAGUUCUUUAUCAGUAACCACCCGGGUAGUACAAAUCGGGAGCCCAAUGAGUUAGCACGCCACAUCCACUAGAAUGGCUGUAACUAUAAUACUCUUAAAAAAAUAGCAAAAAACAGAUGUUGCUGAGGAUAUGGAAAAAUUGGAACCCGUUGAUGAGGGGCAUCUAAGAUGGCAUAGCUGCUUUGGGAAACACAGUGGCCAUUCCUCAGAAAGUUAAAAUGUAAGGUACUGUGUGGCCCAGUAAUUCUACUCUUUGGUAUACCCAAGUGAAUGAAAACAUACGUCCACAAAAACCCAUAUACGUAAAUGUCCACUGCUGCACUAUGGAAUAGCCCAGCACAAAAACAACACAAAUAUCCAUCCAAAACUGAAUAAACAAUGUAAUACAUUCAUAUGCUGGUGUUUUAUUCAGCCAUAGAAAAGAAUGAAGUCUUGAUAUAUGACAUGAAGUGGAUGGACUGGACAAACACCAUUCUGAGGCCAAAAAAAAAAACCCACAAAAGUCAGUAUAUUAUAUAAUUCCUUUUAUAUGAAAUGUCCUGAAUACACAAAUGAAGAGUCAGUUACCAGACUGAAAGUUGCCAUGGGCGAUAGAACAACAAAAGGAAGUGACUGUUAAUAGGCAUUGUUUUAUGGGGACUGAUGAAACCGUAAAAAGUUAAAUCACUGUACUGGUUACCCAGCUUAAUCACAAAGCCUGCAUGAGGAAAAAAUGUCCUGGACUUUUAUUGUUGUUACUGUAACUUGUAGUUGAAACUCAAACCCAAAUAAAUGAAUGAAGUGUU